GUUGUCUUGCUGUAAAAGUGGCCACCGGUCUUAGUUAGGACGGCCGGUUUGUUUUGCGCGGCGUAGUUAGGUCGCCGCCCUCCUCGCGAGGCCGGUAACGUAAGUUAGGGCCACUAAAAAAAAAAAAAAAAAAAAAAACAUUUUUUGCUGUAUGAUAUGACUUUUCAUUACUCCGUUUCCGUUUUCAAUUUGAAAUGGCUGCUAAGUGCUAGCUGGUGAGGCGGCGCGCCGAUGAGUGACCAGCACCAGGGCCUGGUGGCGCCGGCGGCGGCGGCCGGCCGCGGCGCCAGCGAGGUGAACCACGUCAGCCAGCUGUCGCAGGACCUGGCGCACCUGUGCCGCUCGGAGGAGUUCUGCGAUGUGGUGCUCUCCGUGGAGGGGCACCGGUUCAGCGCGCACCGCGCCGUGCUGGCCGCGCGCAGCGAGUACUUCCGGGCGCUGCUGUUCGGCGGAAUGAAGGAGUCGCGGGAGAAGGAGGUGACGCUGACGGGCGCCGCCGUCGGACCGUUCCGGGUGCUCCUCCAGUACAUCUACACCGGACAAAUGUCACUAGUCGGACUCAAGGAGGACACGGUGCUGGACAUGCUGGGCCUGGCGCACCAGUACGGCUUCACUCAGCUGGAGGAGGCCGUCUCGCAGUAUCUGGAGGCGGCCGUGCGGGCCGGUAACGUGUGCGUCAUCUACGACAUGGCCCGGCUGUACCGGCAGUCGGCCCUGCUCGACGUCUGCCAGAGCUUCAUGGACAAGAACGCCGCUGCCGUGCUGCAGCACCCCAGCUUCUGCACAAUGUCAGACCAAGGCGUCCGGGAGGUGAUCUCUCGCGACUCGUUCUGCGCCGCCGAGGUGGACAUUUUCCGUGCGGUGAGCCGGUGGACGGCCGCCAACCCGGAGCUGGACUCGGCGCAGCUGCUGGCGGCCGUCCGGCUGCCGCUCGUCAGCAUGCAGGACCUGGUGAACGUGGUGCGUCCCUCGGGCGUCAUCAGUCCGGACGCCAUCCUGGACGCCAUUAAGACCAAGGUGGAGAGCCGGGACCGGGACCUGCCGUACCGCGGCUGUCUGCUGCCGGACGAGAACGUGUGCACGCCGCGCCACGGCGCGCAGACGGUCCGCGGUGACAUGCGCUCCUUCCUACUGAACGGAGACACCAGUGCGUUCGACAUGGAGCGCGGAUUCACCCGGCACGCCAUCGACGACGCCUGCUCUGACAACUGUAUCGAGGUUCGCCUGGGAAUGCCGUGUAUCAUCAACCACAUCAAGAUGCUCCUCUGGGACAAAGACAUGAGGUCGUACUCGUACUACGUCGAGGUGUCCAUGGACGAGUGCGACUGGGUGCGGGUCGUGAACCACUCGCGCUACCACUGCCGCAGCUGGCAGACGCUCUACUUCCCGCCGCGCGUCGUACGCUCGAUCCGCGUGGUGGGCACCAACAACACGGUCAACAAGAUGUUCCACCUGGUCUCCCUGGAGGCGUCCUACUGCAGCCGGCCAGAGCCCACCGAGAACGGACUCAUCGUUCCGCGUGAGAACGUGGCCACGCUGCAGCGCUCGGCCAUGGUGAUCGAGGGCGUGUCUCGGAGCCGGAACGCGCUGCUGAACGGUGACACGGACAAGUACGACUGGGACCACGGCUACACGUGUCACCAGCUGGGUAGCGGCAGCGUGGUGGUGCAGCUCGGACAGCCCGUCCUCCUCGACUCCAUGAGAAUGCUGCUCUGGGACUGUGACGACCGCACGUACGGCUACUACAUCGAGGUGUCGACCAACCAGCGCGACUGGACCAUCGUCUGCGACCGCUCGCGCUCGCACUGCCGCUCGUGGCAGGUGGUCACCUUCAAACGGCGCCCGGUCGUCUUCAUACGCAUCGUCGGCACCAGGAACUCUGCCAAUGAGGUGUUCCACUGCGUGCAUUUCGAGUGUCCGGCGCAGUGCGAGGUGGAGCGGCACACGGACGACCCGCCGGCCCCGGAGCCCGCCGAGGACGAGCCUGAAGACGAGCAGGAGGGCGCCGCCGGCCCGCAGACACCGGGGGCGGUCGGCGGAGAGAGGCGCUUCUCCUUCGAGCUCGAGCUACCGGUGGAGGAGGCAGCCGCCGCGGUGUUUGGCGAUCAGUGCGAGCCGUGAGCGGUGCCGUGACGGUCAGUGCGAGCCGUGAGCGGUGCCGUGACGGUCAGUGCGAUCUGGGAAGGGCCGUAACGGCACAUCGUGACGGUCAGUACGUGCCGCGAUGGUCACUGCGGGCCGUGACGGGGUUUCGUGACGGUCAUCGGUAGCCGUGACGGUCGGUUGGAUCUGUGAUGAGCCAUCAGAAGAGGAGAGGAGCGCGGGAGAGGUAGGAGGCGGCUCCCUAGUCAGUAAUACGGUACAACGCUGCGUCGGGGACACUGAGACCCGGGCGGCGGCGGCUCGGGUGGGCCUAACUAUGCACGGCGGACCCGGCUCGGCGCUACGUGUAGAUCCGUUUUCAUAAUUAUUUAUUGGUUUGAGGGAGGCGGCGGUGGCUGGCGGAGGAGAGGUGCGGCGCGCGGAGUGGCGCCGAGAAGAGAGUACCUGGAGUAAGGUCGACCACACCCGGUCUCACUCAGCCCUCUCCCCGGGCGAAGCCAGGAAGAGAGGGUUCACCAGAUGCAUUAUCAUCGAUAUGGAGUGGCUGUAACACAACGAAUAACUCGGCCCGCGGUAGGCGGGGCUGAAAUUACUGAACCGGGUACAUUAUUUACAUCUCACAGGAUUUAAUGGGACAGCUGACCCCACCAAACGGUUCGCUGUUUUAUAAUGUGCUUCCAACAAAGCAGUAGUAUCCCUCUCAGUGGCCUCUAUUUCUCAGAGCCGUUGAGUCCGCUGUGAAUGGCGGCUUCCUUGCUGUGAAUGGCGGGCUGGCCGCUGUGACCGGUGUUUUACGCCGGCUCGUCCAGUGCGCGGAGCUGCGGGCCGACCAUCUAGUGCGAGGAGUGGUCGGUUAUAUUCUCAUUCCCCUGCCCCGUGUGGGGCGGCAGCCUCAGUCGAGGCAACGAACGCUGUGCAUGCAAACAUCCCCAGUAGCUGGCCUGUUCGAACUGCGGCGCGGUGCCAGUGUCGGCGACGCCGGCCGCGCGUUCAGUCCCAAAUCCGCCCGUGAGCUUUUCGUCUCUCAUUCGUAAGACGCGUCUGGUGACCGGUCGUCCAGGCGUGUCACCUGUGCUCGCUAGUCUGAUAAUAAAAACAACUCUAGCUGCUAAAA